UAGGAGCUCAUUCAGACUCAUUGGUACAUGGUGUCAGUAUAUUAAUGAUAUUAAUCAGAUGAACAAGGAAACAAGGAAAUAGACUCUCACGACAAUGUUAUUGUAAUCCAGAAUGAAUGCUGAAUGCAUAUGGAUCUUUCUGGACGAUUCCAAUCUGUGGAUAGAAGCCAAAAAGGCAAAAGGUGACGAUUUCAAGAGAAAAGAGUUCAAAGAAGACCCUCGCUUGAGAAUAGAAUUUGGAGAGUUGGCUACUUUCAUAAGCAAUGAAAGACAAAUAAAAGAAGCAACAUUGUAUGGAUCAGAGCCGCCACCAAGUGACUCAGUAUGGGAAAAGGGGAGAGAACAAGGCUGGAAAGUAAACUUAUCCCAGAAAUGUCGCUGGUCAGGGAAAGAGAAGAUGGUCGAUACCCAAAUUGUUGCUGAUGUCACAGAAUUAGUUUGUGACCCCAAAAACCGGGAACAUGGAUCUACGGUUGUUAUAGUUAGCGGUGACAAAGACAUGUAUCCGUGCAUUGAGAAAGCUAUGGCAAGACAAUGGAAUGUAGAAGUUUGGGCAAUGGAAAAUAGUUUGAGUGAAGGCCUGAAGAGUUUGAAUAAACAAAACCAGUUCGUGAAAGUUCAGAUUUUUUUAAAAGAAGAUUUUGAAAAAAUUACAUAUAUCAAAGAAGAGUUUACUUACCACCAAGAAAGGAAAGAUGAUAUGUUAAGCCGUGGGGUCGUGCUACAACAAUGCCAGCGUCAAGGCGAGGAAAGGAUAGAUUUCAUGGGUAGCAUUAAGAAUAUUCUUGAUAGUUUCAAUUGGCCUUGGCAAUAUACGCGAUUAAAGUCAGAGGCUGCUGUGAACAUACUGAUUCUGUUCUGUCGCGGACAAGGGGAAUCUGACGAUACGGAUACUCCUUUAAAUCGUUAUAAGCCAGAAUUAGAAAAGCAGUGCGUACCUAAAUUAUGCAAAGACGUUCUGACAUACUUUCAAUACGACAAAAGCGAUAAUCAGUACACAGCUCCUAUUGAAACACAUAACAGGUAUGGCUCACUUCCGGGUGUUCAACAUGCCGAUGACGUGACAACCCCCUCCGCUGCCACUGACAAAAUAUCCGAAAUUGCCUCUACCUUUGCCCAAGACAGUAAUCCUGCUGGUACCUCUGGCCGAAUAUCACCUAGCGAGGCCACACAACGCGAUGUGCCACCGGACAUUACCCAUCAACAAAGCCAGGAUGCUGCAAUUCCAGGAAAAAGUAGCGAAGAACCAUUUAAGCUAGUUAGGUCCAAAAAGCAGAAAAGAUACCAGCGGAGCUCUGACUUUUGUCAAUUUCAAUAUCAGUGUGUCAAAGGUAAAAAAUGUACACAUAAUCACAGAGAAGAUCAAAAAUUAUUCUUUGAAAAGCGGAAUAGAUGUGUUGAAGAUAAGCCCGCCUACUAUGUGCGUACAUACAAGACCUGCAUAUGUAUGAGUGGUAAAUCGUGCCAAAAUCGAGAUGCAUGUGCUUAUGCUCACAGUGAAGACGAACAGGUAUGCUGUAAGUGCCAUCUUCUAGGACAUGCUACAGAUAAAUGUCCAAAGAAUGCGACAGAUCAAAAGAAGUGAUCUGAACAAGUGCAUACACUGUGAACUUAUCCAUGAUAAUUUGCAUCAAAAUUUGUAUAUAGUUUGUACAUGAAACGUUUUUGUCUUAACCUGUACUAUUCAGGAAUCAAAACCGGAUCUUCAGCAUGACGAACCAAUGAAUUUACAACUAGGCUACCCUACCUCUCCUACAGGUCGUUGUUAUAUGAACCUAGAUAUGUUACACUGUGGUCAGCAGGGUGUGACAAAGCCUUUGAAAAUUUAAAGUGCAUUUUAUAUUCAUAUAUACUUUGAUGCGUAUGCACAUGCAUACCUGAUUUCUGCUCAAACCCGUAUCCGGAGAAACGUACAGAGUAAACUGUAUACAGGGAUGGAUGGGUAGCCUAGUGGUUUAAGCGUUUGCUCGUCACGCCAAAGUCCCGGGUUCGAUUUCCCACAUGGGUAUAAUGUGUGAAGCCCACAUCUGGUGUCCCCUGCCGUGAUAUUGCUAUAUUGCCAAAAGCGGUGUAAAACCAAACUUACUCGCUCAUUCACUCAAUUGUGGUUAAUGCGUUCGCACGCCACGCUGACGACGCGGGUUCGAUUCCCCACAGGGGUAUCUGUCAUCGGGUCGUAAAACAAGUCUCAUCACGUUCUCGUGGCCUAACCGCUUCCUUCUCCCCUAAUUGCCCGGGAUCGUCACCGUUCGGCUAAGUCCGGCGGUCGUCAUACUCCGGUGUCUGUUCGUUCUUUGUUAGAGAAUUGGUGACUCGUAAAUUUUAUUUUCUUUCUGUAUAAUCGCAUACUUUUUGUACGUAUUCAUUUGAUAUAUGUUAUCUCAUGUAUGUUUGGUACCUUAUUCUCAUGUAUAGAAAAUGUUUUCAGUAACAUUGAUUUUCGCACAGUAGCGGGAUUAUCUAGUACUUGUAGAUAUUUCUCGUGUAUUCAUGGUCAUAUUUGCCACAUCAAUAAUUGUACAUAACGGUUGUAAAUCACUAGUGGUACUGUUGGAUAGCGUAUCUUCAGCGCUAUAUUUUGGCAUCUACAUCUCCAAUAUUGGUUUAGUAGUUAGUUUACCAUUUGGGUUUUUCCUGUGUUUGGAAACACAUUUUGUUUAGCUCUGGUAUAAGCUCUUGGCGAAGUAUGCGUCUUCACCUCCAGGAAUGGCUAGGCCGCCUUGCCGACCGUUUCGGUCAGGUCGAAACUUUGGUUUCCUUAGUAAGUGGUUAUGGGGCAGUUUUCUCUCAGGUACCGAUUUACUCUGGUGGUAUUGAGCUAAAACGUAUUGGCUAGACUUUUAUAUUUAGUACCCCGUAUUUCUAGCAAUCCUUGGAUAACCAAAUUUUCCGCGAUUGUAUAGUUUAGGCCAAGUACCUAUUUUGGGAGUUAAGUUACUCUUUUGGUCAAGUAUCCUUUUUUUAAUAAGUGUGAUUCCAGAUACUCCGUAGAUCAAGUACUUUGUAAUUUGGGGAAGUCUAUUAUUUCCUUGGCCAGUCUGAAACUUUAGUCUACACGACUAGUUUGCUAUUCAGGCGUUUUCGUCUAUUUCAUUGUCCAAGAGAUUUGCUUUAGGGAUGUGACCUCAGUGUUAUUAUCUCCCUAUUUAACGCCGUUGAGGUUAGUCACUAAUUAGAGUGUUGAAUUUAGGAUAGGAUAAGUUUUAUUCCAUGCUGAAAGGCCUCAGGCCCACAGUACAAUUCUGUUUUCGGGAGUGGUUACAGAUCCGAUUAACAGGUCAUAUUCUAAUUAACAUAGCAUGAUAAAUGAACAUUGAUAGAUUUUUUAGAGUAUCUUUAUCAGUUGUUGACGUGAUUGUUAUAAUUUUUUGUAGAGUGGGAUGUACAUAACAAGGCAGAUCAAUAUAUUUUCUUCUUAGGUGGUCUCAUUUUGGACAAACUAACAGAAAAUGAAACUCAUCUUCAAUCACAUUUAAACCACAUUGCUCACAUAUUCUCAAUUCUCUGGCUAGGUUUCUAUGCCUGCCUACUUCGAUCCUAAGUCUAUGAGAGCUGCAUCUAAAUUGUGCUAAACUUAUUCUAAACCUUUUAAAGUUGAUGUCAAACAAAUAGUAUUCUGGGGAAAUCGUUAUCUUGAAAAGCUUGUAAUAAUUGCAUUUUUCUGAACUUAAAACAUGCGAAGCCCAUUCUUGUAAGUAUAUAUCCUUAAGUCUUUGGCGUAAAGAUACUAAAAAUGUGUUGAGUUAAUGAACUCUUAGUUGUUCAUUGGUCGCAGCCGCCCUAAUUUGUUGUUUAUGCAUCUUGUCAAUUAUCUUGUGUUGAUUUAGCCACUCUUCUUUUUUAUUACUGUUAUACAGCUGCUUAGCUAUAAUUAACGUGUACUGUUGCUCUGAUCCUAUAAAUCAGUGAUCAUUGUCAGUGUAAAUUUGUUUUUUUAUCUUUUAUAUUGUCAUCUAUUGGUACAGUUAGCCGAGAAUAAUAAAACUGUGAACUUUCA